CUCACUCGUUUAGAUGACAUUUGACAGUGACUGUUCUAAAAGGAAUACUGCGCCAUUUUGCGCACCAUUGUUCUUGGGUGGGCCUAAUAUAUUUAGUUUUAUUGUCCUGACUGUAUUCGAUUACAGUCGGGUUACUAGUUUUCAAUCUCACAGAAGCGAAAGAAGAUCGUGCUGGUGUCAGCCAUGGGCCGGACUGCUUUUUGUUUGCCUUUGGCAAUUCUAUUUUUAGCAAGUGUAAUUUCAUCAAAGGCACAAAAGACGGAGGCGGCCGUGUCGAGCGUGGCCGGCGAGGAAAGUCGCGUGACGGUGGCGGCCGGCGCGCCGCUAACGGUGGAGUGUCGGCUGCGGCCCGAGCAGCGCGCCGAGUGGCGCCGGGACGGCGGCGCGCCCCCGCCGGACCUGCGCGCCGCGCCCGAGGCGCCCGCGCCCGACGCGCGGCUCGCGGCCCGCCUGCGCGCGCCCGCCGCCCGCGCGCACCACGCCGGCCUCUACACGUGCAGCCGCGAGCGCGACCACCGCGUGCGCGUCGUGGUGCUGCCCGCCGCCGGUACCGCCGCAUGCCGCUCCUCACCGCACCGUCUCCGCCGCUUUGCUGCCCGUGCUCGUGCUCGCUCGCGACCGCCCGGCCCCGGCGACGCCGCGCUCGCCUCCCGGGUCGGGCCGGGGUCGGACGGGUCGUCAUUCUGCGAAGCGCCCGCGCCCACAACCGCGCCCGCUCCCGCCUCUGCGCCCGCCCCCGUCCCCAGCGAUGACCUGCCCGAGCUUCUGUACGACGUGAGGGGCAACUUCUCUCUUCACUGUCAGCUGCCCAACGACAACAGUCUCGCCUACGUUUGGAAAAAGAACGAGACCGACAUCGAGCAGGUGUGGGAGCUGAAGGACCGCUACCAGCUGGAGCGCGGCGGCGCCGAGUUCCGCGUGGCGCGCGCGUACGAGGACGACUUCGGCAACUACUCGUGCGCGCUGACCGGCCAGGCGAGCGAGCAGCGCUGGGCCGUGCGCGGCCGCCCGCACCUCAAGCUGCCCGCCAACACCAACGUCGUCGAGGGGCAGAAGCUGAAGCUCGUGUGCAAGGUGGUGGGCAAGCCGUACUCGCGCGUCUCCUGGGCGUACACCAACUCGACCGAGCCCGACGCCAACUUCACCGACGCCACGGAGGUGCUGGGCUCGCGCGCCUCGCUGGCCGACAGCGAGCAGGGCGUGCCGGACGGCGUGCUGCUGCUGGACGAGGCGCGGCGCGCGGACGCGGGGCGCUACCGCUGCGGCGCGGCGGGCGCGCUGCUGCCGGCCGUCACCACGCUGCGCGUCAAGGACAUGUACGCGGCGCUCUGGCCCUUCCUCGGCAUCUGCGCCGAGGUCUUCGUGCUCUGCGCCAUCAUACUCGUCUACGAGAAGCGCCGCACCAAGCCCGAGCUCGACGACUCGGACACCGACAACCACGACCAGAAGAAGUCGUAGGCGCGUCCAGCAGUGCGCAGAGGGAGCCGCGGCUGAGCGCCGUCGCCGCGACUCUUGAGAUUUUAAGUUUGUAACGAGUUUACCAAAAAGUUGUUUGUUAUUUAGUUGAAAUAUGCGUUCCGAAGUACCGCUGACCGCGCCGGCCGCGCCGACCGCGCCGACCGCGCCGACGUGUCGGCUAUUCGUAAUAUUAUUGUACUUUCAUCAUUUCUAUUCAGAUUUUAUUUAAGUUAUAGUAUAUAUAUUCGUUUAUUCGAUACUAAAGUUGAUAUUUUAACAUACUAAUGCUUUUAUUAUCUGUCGUUAUUUCUACCUGUCUACAGAUGAAUCAGCUUGGAGACAUUUUUACGUAUUAUAGUGUAAUACAGUCAUUUCAGUAGCGUUACAAGUGUUACGCCAUAUUUAUUUUUAUUAUUUUGUUAUUAAUUAGUUCAUUGUUUGUUUUACGUCAUUUAUUGUUAUUCUUUGAUAUAAAAACUGUUAGUUAAAGAUGGCCCCGGUGGUAGAACAUGAUCGAGGUGAGCCAUUGAUUUCCAAAACUAUAGCGGUUUUGUAUAAUUUAUACAAAUAUUUCGAUAAUGCGAGAUAAAUACCUCUACAUUUUAAAAUAUAUUUAUUUGUCUGCUGACCAUAAAGUACAACAAAGGAAAACGUCUCCAAACUGAUUUAGCUGUAUAUUUCAUUAGCGUAAGAUUUAUAUAAAUAAUUAAAACUAUUGAAUAACUUCUCCGAUGACAAAACGUCUCGACGUUUAGCGUUUUUUCGAAUUUAAUUUUGUAAGUGCGUGUAGAGUUACGUUGUUUUAGCAGGUAAUUAACAAAACUGGAAUGUAAAUGUUUGUAAAUUAUCGAACUUCGAAAAAAAAUAAUUGUAAUCAAAUAAAUUAAUAACUUGUAAUUUUGUUAAGGCUCAUAUUAUCCUGCAACAUUCUAGGCAAUUGCGUACAAAAGGUAUUGUCCGUCAGCAGCGAGAGGAACCGUGGGUCGAGUGCGCGGCGACAGUUGACUUACGUGUUAUGUGAAUGUGAUAUGAAUUAUGUUUCCAAUAAAUUAUUCCGGUUUA